CGAAAGCGUUUGCUCUCACUGGACCUUUAACUAAAACAUGUUCAAGUCAUGGAUUUAUUGUUUCCUGACAUUUCUGACAUACAAUCUGCAUGGAUCCGUGGCAGCAAACCUUGUCAAUCCGAUUCGAUCCGUGUGCCUGUUGAGUGACCCGCCAAAUCAAUGUGGAGAAUUCUGCCUUGAGGCGCUGAAGCCAAUGCUCGAUCACAUUGCUCUUCACCAGAAGGAGUGGAGCACGUGCGAUCCUCAGAAGCUUAACGAAACCCAGGAAAGAUUGGACCGAAUCGAGUCCAAUCUACAGAAGUUGCUGGACCACAGAGAAGCUUCCUCGAAGAACAUGGCUCGGAUUGAAGCCCAACUGGCAGCCCUGCAGGAGAGUCUAUCCAAAGCUGGCAAGGAACGUAUAUCUCACCUGUUUAAGCGGAUCGGAACACGACUAAUAUUUAUCGAGAAAGAAAUUCGUCAGACCUGGAAGGGUGCCGAUGCUACGUGCCGCCAAAUGGGCGGUCACCUGGCGACCAUUCAAGACCAGUCGGAUUUAAACGCCAUCGUCGUGAAACUGGACAGGGGCUGCAGCUACUGGCUGGGCGUAACAGACGAGGCCAAGGAGGGGGAGUUCAUAUCCGUGGCCUCUGGCAGACCAGCUCCCUUUCUCAAGUGGAAGGCUGGUCAACCAAACAACUUACAGGGCAAGGAUCACUGCGUGGACAUUUACAAUGGCGAAAUGUACGAUUCGGACUGCAACGAUCCUGAAUAUUUUAUCUGCGAGGCUGUUGGAUAAAUUAUUUAGUAAACUUUGUUGGUUAUGAACUUGGCAUGAACUGUGCAUGCUAUAAAAAUCUAACAAUUUGUUUCAUUUCGGCAUAAGAAAUUUUGUUUGUAGGAUAUCGAUUGUUGUCGAUCAACUUAAUAAAUUAACUAAAUUUGUUUGUCAA